AUGUUCGUUCAACAAGCUCCCCAAUCUGGCGAUCGUUCGUAUGUUGUUCCCCAACAGCAAAUUCGAAUGGUUUCCACACAACGUCUACCCCCUCCAAAAAGGACCAUCGGACAGAAGGCACCGAUGACCGCUGUAAUGGUACCGUCACGAGCCGGCCAACCGCAUCAACUUCGUGCUGUUCCGAGAGGCUUCACGCAAGGAACGCGAAUUAUGAAUGUGGUAAUGGCGCCGAGUAGUGUAGCGUCUUCGAGCUCGUCACAAUCGCUUCCUAUCCAGUCAACAAGCCAGCCAGGUGGUGGAACAAUUAUGGCUUCAGCUCCGACUGUUCGGCAUCCUUCUCCUUUCUCUGAA